AUGGUGGCUUGGAUACACAAGUUGUUACUUAACUUACUGGUGUUAUUCCUUUAUGGUACUGCAUUAACUUAUGGAGCUCAUUCUUGGACGUCUUCUGAAUCACUGCCAAUUGCUAACUCAUCUGAAAUAGUUCCUCAUGAUGCAAACAGUUCUCGGCUAGGGUAUAUCAAAGUUGGAUUGGCGGCAGCUUUCUUUUUCACUGUACUUGUUUCAUGUGGUUUGCCUGUUUUAUUGAUAGACUAUUUAAGAGAACGAAAUAAUGUAUCUUCUCAUGAUGAUAAUAGACGAUUCCAUUUGGGUAAAGUACAACAGAACGGAUCAGGUCAAAUAAAAAUAGAUCAAGAUAAUGAAGAAGGGGAACAGAACAUUGAAUUUCAGUAUUGUGAUCUCAGUCUACCUUCAAAUGCAGAAAGGAAUUUUGGAAAUUGUUUAAGUGAUGAUCAGUUUACAGAUAAUAAGCAAAACAAUACUUCAUGGAAGCGAAUCCCACUUCAACACCAAACUUCAGUAGAAUCUGAAAUUUUAUCCACUCCUGGUCAAAGUCCCAAUCCAGCAUUAAUUAACGCAGAUCAGUUUGAAAAUAGAGACUUACUUACUGGUCAGGUGGUUCAUACUGAACGCAACUGGCCAAAUGUAUUUCGGAUUCAAGAUCGUAUGCUUGGCCGAAAUUUGAACGAUCAUUCUACUAUGCAAAAUCGUCGAGGUUACCAAAAGGAAGGAAAGCAAAAAUAUUCCCCUAAAGCGGUUUAUUUAUCAAGGGCUGCACGUAAAGAAAAGUUACAACUCUGGUUUAGUCGGUGUAACUGUUUUGCUGCAGGUGUAUUUUUAUCUUCAGGUUUCAUGGAGCUUUAUCCUGAUACUGAAGAAGCUAUAACAGAAGCAAAACACCAGUUGAAUAUAAAAUCUGAAUUUCCAUUUGCUCCAUUCUUAACGCUUGUUGGAUUCUUUCUUGUUUUAAGCAUAGAACAAAUUGUUUGGACAACAAAAUCAGAACAAUGGAUAUGCUGUCGGCGAAGAAAUAUUACCAGUCAAGCUUUACAUCGUGAUUCAUUGAAUUCUGUAGAUAAUGAUUACAAUGUAGAGAGACGGAAAAAUCACUAUUUCGAUAAAACUAAUAAUAAUAUUAAUCCUACUAUAAUUAAUGAAAGUAAUCAGUUACAUCAUAAUAACAUGGAGUAUACAUCUUCUAAACGUAUGGUGAGCAAUACUAAAAGACCAUCUAAAUUGUCGAAUACAACAAAUACUUCAGAACUUACUCCCAUAGAUCUUUCGCCUACAUCAUCUACGCAUUCAGGGAAUGAUUUUCUUCUGGAAUCUAGUAAUAUUAGAACAAACCAAGUUGAACAACGCGUAGAUAUCGAGCCUCAUCAUCCUCUUGAUGAUGAUGAUGAUGAUUAUGGUAAUGAUAACAAUAAACACAAUCAUCAUUCACAUACACAUGAUAUCAAAUUCGAUGCUAAAUCAUUUGGAUCAGUAUUACGUGUUAUUCUACUCUUAUGUGCUAUGUCUGUUCAUUCAAUAUUUGAGGGAUUAGCUGUUGGACUACAGCCUACAGCACAACGUACACUUGCCUUAUUCACUGCUAUCUUAUUGCAUAAAGUUAUUAUAGCUAUUGGUAUAGGUGUAAAUUUAGCCACAAGUUUGAAUGAAUCAUCAACAAACAGUUCAUUUCAAUCGAAAUCUUCAUAUUUUCGUAUUCUUAUGUAUCAAUCUAUUGGAACAUUGAUUUUAGCUUGUUCUUCACCAUUCGGUGUUCUUGUUGGCUAUGGUUUAAUGCAACAAAAACAAUCAGCUAUAUUGACAAUGUCAACUGCUGUACUUCAAGGUUUAGCUUGUGGAACAUUUUUUUAUGUUGUAUUCUGUGAACUUUUACCAGUUGAAUUUAAAGAAGGCGUUAAAGAUAGGAUGGGAAAAUUUUUCUUUUUAUUAUUAGGAUUUAUUUUGGUUGCUUUAUAUGCUUUUUUGAUGCCUGAGUAA